CUGACUUAAACGUUCAACCGAUGUGGAGUUAAAACUGAUCAUGUCGUUGAUAACAAUAAUAUUGUGUCUCCUAAUAUUGUGUUUGCUAAUUUAUCUAAUUGUUUAUUUUAAAUUUGGAUAUGUUGAAUCCGACAAUUACGUUUGUUUGGUGGGUAAAACCGCCUUAGUUACAGGAGGUAGUUCAGGUUUGGGUUACGAAAUAGUACUUUCACUUGCAUCAAGAGGAUGCAGAGUUAUUAUAGCAGACAAGAUAAUUGAAGAAUCCGUAAAAGAUGGCAUAAUUAGUGCAACUGACAAUAACAACAUUAUUCUCGAACAAAUCGAUUUCACUUCAUUUAAAUCCAUAAGGAAUUUCUGCGAAAAAUUAAAAAGAUCCGAAACUAAAUUAGACAUUCUAAUAAAUAAUGUUGGCAUUGGUAAAGCUCCUGAAACCCCAAGCGAAGACGGCUUGAACCAAACUUUCCAAAUUAAUUACUAUGGACCAUUUCUGUUAACCCAUCUGUUGAUAGAUUUAUUGAAGAAAUCUGAUGACGCUCGUAUAGUUUUCACUACCUCGGUGGCGUCUUUCAUGCACAAAAUGACUCCAGCAUCCGUCACCUCUAAUGACAUAGUGAUACCGCAAUACAGAAUGUUCGAUUAUGCUAACGCAAAAUUUUUAACUGUCGUUAGUUCGGAUAUAUUCGCGAAUAAAUUGAAAAAGUUCAACAUAGCUUGCAACACUUAUCAUCCGGGCGUUGCGAGAACCACGUUCUUCAGGAAUACGAGAAAAAAUUUGAAUUAUGCAAGCUUCACGGAUUUAUUCGCAUUUGCAGGCAUUUCAUUUUUGAGAAUAUUCGUAGGAGUGCCACCCGAAAAGGCUAUUCAAGCAUGCAUCAAUUUAGCAACGUCGAAAAAAUUUAAAAAUACGACGGGAAUCUUCUUUGGGAAGUAUUUCCCCGAUUUGAAACCAGCACUGUCGAGCGAUAAAAAUUUCUGUACAAAAGUUUGGUCGGCGAGUGAAAAAAUCGUUAAAUUGGAACACCAUGAAAUGAUAUGAUGGC